GCCGGUUUACAGUGUGUAUAACUUAUAUAUGUUGAGCAUUUGAAGAUGAACUCCGUUAAAAGAUUAACCGAAUCUUCUGAUCUCAAGUCCAUCCCUUCUAUCUACGCCUACUCCACAAACUCUAACGAGUACCCUGCUUCAGAUCCUCAAGAUUCGAUCCCUGUCAUUGAUUUUUCAUUGCUCACGUCCCCUGAUCCUACCCUACGGUGUCAAGUUAUCCAAGACCUUGAUAAAGCCUGCACUGAAUGGGGAUUUUUUCAGGUGAUUAAUCAUGGCGUUCCCGAGACUUUGAUGAACAUGGUUAUAGAAAAAUCGGAUGAAUUUUUUGAACUGACAGAUGAAGAAAAGAAAGAUUUUGAGGAAAAGGAUGUUCGUGAUCCAAUCAGAUAUGGAACAAGCUUCAAUACUAAGAAGGAAAAGUUUUUUUGCUGGAGAGAUUUUCUCAAGCUUAUUGUACACCCGGAGUUUCACUCACCGAACAAGCCCCUGGGGUUCAGUGAUGUUCUAUUCGAGUACACAAAAAGAACUAGAGAAGUAGCAAGAGGGUUACUUAGUGGGAUAUCAAUGAGUCUAGGACUCGACCACUCUUGCAUAGAAAAAGCUUUGAAACUGGAAUCGAGUUUACAGAUAUGUAUUGUCAAUCUUUACCCCCCUUGCCCACAACCCGAUCUUGCAAUAGGGUUGCCACCUCAUUCGGAUCACGGCCUCCUUACAUUCCUCAUAGAAAAUGGCAUAGGCGGACUUCAAAUUAAGCACAAUGGUCAAUGGGUCAAUGUGAACAAUACUCUUCCCGGCUCGUUUCUAGUCAAUACUGCAGAUCACCUUGAGAUUUUUAGUAAUGGGAGGUACAAAAGUGUGGAGCAUCGUGCGGUUGUAAAUAAUGCUUUCACAAGGAUAUCAGUGGCUGUAGCACAUGGGCCGUCGCCAGAUACAGCAGUGAGGCCGGCUUACGAGUUGGUGGAUGAAGAAAGGUGUCCAGCAACAUUUGUUCCGAUGAAGUACAAGGAGUAUGUGGAAAUGCAACAAAGCAACAAACUAUACAGGAAAACUUGUUUGGACCAGCAACAGAUGACACGUUCCAAUACUCCUCUCAUGGGGGAAAUUCUUCACGUGGCAACAAUAGUGGUGGCCGGAAUCAGGGCAGAGGAGGCUGUUCCGAUGAUCUUUGCUCCGACAGUGGACAACCAACUUACCGGUCCCCUGCAAAACUCACCUGGUCAGGCGUAUGGGUGGUACCACCUCGAUCCUACUGUUGUGACGUCCCAACACCACUAUCGUGGUCUUUUGCCCAGUCCAAAUUCAUCGGCCUAA